UGGGUAGGAUUGCGAAACUGUCUGCAGUGAAACAGCCUUAUAUAAGCUCAGUCUGUAAGAGUGUUGCACUGAUACUCACCCAGAACAUCUGGUAAGGUUCGAUAGACAGCAACAUGCUGAGGCUCACUAUUGCUCUUUGCGUCCUGGCCCUUGGCUGGGCACAAAACUGCCAAGUUAGCAACAUCCCAGUAAAAGAGAACUUUGACAAAUACAAGUUCCAAGGAACAUGGUUUGCUGUAGCCAAGAAAGAUCCAUCAGGACUUUUCCUUCUGGAUAACAUUGUUGCCCAUUACACUGUGGAGGAUGACGGCAAACUAACAGCCACUGCUCAAGGCAGAGUCAACAUUCUCAAUAACUGGGAGACGUGUGCCCAAAUGUUUUCCACUUUUGAAGAAACCCCACACCCUGCCAAGCUCAGGCUAAAAUACUGGGGUGCAGCUACAUAUCUCCAGAGUGGAUGUGAUGACCACUGGAUCAUUGAUACCGAUUAUGACAACUACGCCGUGCACUACGCCUGUAGAGUAGUGGACACAGAUGGCACCUGCCUCGAUGGUUACUCCUUUAUCUUCUCUCGCCACCCAAAUGGUUUGAGGCCUCAGGACCAAGCGAUUGUGACACAGAAGAAGCAAGAACUCUGUCUUCUCGGUAAAUACAGGCGGGUUGCCCACACCGGUUUCUGUGCUGCCUGAUUCUCUGCUCAAGGAUUGCCACUAGUCAUUUUUUUUUUUUAAUUUCAUGUCAAUACAAGUGUAAAUUAAAAAUCUGAAUAUGUAGCCUAAUUAAUAAUCGACAGUAGAAUUAUAGCACUGAAGGGUAUAAAUGAUUCUUCUACCAUGAUUAUAUUCUGUAACCUGAACGUUUUAAAAUAAAAAUGUUCAUAUUAGA